AUGUCAGGAUCUGAGACGGGAUUAAUGGCGGCGAGCAGAGAACCAAUACCAUUUACAAUGAGUCUCCACCAGCAGCACAAUCAAGCUCCGCCGCAGCAGUCUCAGAACAUGCAAUUAUCCUUCGGCGCCGCCGACGAAAACGCUCUCUACAAGCCGAUGAGCUCGUCGGCGUCACCACCGCCGCAGUACCAGCACAACUCAGCCGGCGGCGGCGGAAAUCCAGCCCUGAACAUGAACAUGCCCGUAACCAUGACCGGGAGUGAGCCCGUGAAGAAGAAGAGAGGUAGGCCGAGGAAAUACGGCACAGAAGGCGGCGGAAAGCCACUGGGUAUGGUCCCCGGAGCUCCUUCUUUCACCGUCAGCCAACCUAGUGGCGAAAGCGGCUCAGGCGGAGGAACCUCGCCUACAGUUACGAAGAUGAGAGGAAGACCUCCUGGUUCUACCAAAAGGCACAAGCUUCAAGCUUUAGGAUCGACAGGAGUCGGAUUUACGCCUCAUGUUCUUACCGUGAGGACUGGAGAGGAUGUAUCAUCAAAGAUAAUGGGGUUUUCUCAGAAUGGACCACGCGCUGUGUGUGUCUUGUCUGCAAAUGGAUCUAUCUCCAACGUGACUCUUCGCCAGUCCGCUACAUCCGGUGGAACCGUUACAUAUGAGGGAAGAUUUGAGAUUCUGUCUUUGUCGGGCUCGUUCCUUCUGCUGGAGAACAAUGGCCACAGAAGCAGGACGGGAGGUCUAAGUGUGUCCUUAUCGGCACCGGAUGGUAAUGUCUUAGGUGGUUGUGUAGCUGGUCUUCUCAUAGCAGCAUCACCUGUUCAGAUUGUUGUUGGGAGCUUCAUACCAGACGGACAAAAGGAACCGAAACAACACGUGGGACAGAUGGAGCUAUCGUCACCGACAGUACCGCGUGUGGCACCGACUCAAGUACUGAUGACUCCGACUAGCCCGCAAUCUCGAGGCACAAUGAGUGAGUCAUCUUGUGGAGGACAUGGAAGCCCUCUUCACCAGAACACAGGAGGACCUUUCAACAACAACAACAACCUUUCCAUGGCGUGGAAGUAG